AUGGGGCGCGCGCGCGGCCGGCUCCCGUGGCUGCUGCUGCUGCUCGCGGCCGCCGGCUCGGGGGCCCUCCUGGCCCUGUACUCCGCGGCGCUGCGGCGGGCCCCGGGGCCCCGGCUGGGAGCCAGGAACACCACAUCAUCUCGAGCGUUCUCUGGGCCCAAGACAUGGAGUUCUAGGACGGGAAAGGGCCGGUCCUGCCAACACCCACUCUCUCUCACCAUCCGGCAGCACCCCCACUUCCGGGGCCGGUUCAAUCUCUCCACUCCGGUGCUGCUGUGGGGGGGGCUCUUCACGGAGGAGCUCUGGGCCAGCCUGAGCCGGCACAAAGCCCCCUAUGGCUGGCAGGGGCUGUCUCGCCAAGCCGUGGCCUCUACCCUGGGCCUUCUCAACAGCUCGGACAGCGCCCAGCUGCUGGCCAGGUCCGGGCAGCGGCCCCCCCGCUGCACGCGCUGCGCCGUGGUAGGCAACGGGGGUGUCCUGAAUGGCUCCCGCCAGGGGCCCCACAUCGACGCCCACGACUACGUGUUCAGGCUCAAUGGCGCCGUGAUCAAAGGCUUCGAGCAGGACGUGGGCACCAAGACCUCCUUCUAUGGUUUCACCGUCAACACCAUGAAGAACUCCCUCAUCUCCUACCGGCACCUGGGCUUCACCUCCGUGCCCCACGGACAGGACCUGCGCUACAUCUUCAUCCCCUCAAACCUCCGGGACUACGUGAUGCUGAGAUCAGCCAUUCUGGGGGUGCCUGUCCCUGAGGGCCCUGAUAAAGGAGACAGGCCGGAGACCUACUUCGGAUCAGAAGCCUCUGCCAGCAAAUUCAAGCUGCUACACCCGGACUUCAUCAGCUACUUGACGCAGAGGUUUUUGAAAUCAAAAUUGAUCACAAACUUUGGAGACCUGUAUAUGCCUAGUACCGGGGCCCUCAUGCUGCUGACAGCUUUGCACACCUGUGACCAGGUCAGCGCCUAUGGUUUCAUCACGAGCAACUACUGGAAAUUUUCCGACCACUAUUUCGACAGAAUCAAGAAGCCGCUGAUAUUCUACGCCAACCACGACCUGUCCCUGGAGGCGAGCCUGUGGCGGGACCUGCACGCGGCCGGCAUCCUCCGGCUGUACCAGCGCUAAGCCCGCCCCGCCGCGGGGCCCCUCUAGCUUGUCCUUCCCACCCUGAGGGGGACCGUACACCUGAACACACCUGCUGCCCUGCGGCUCCCCACCCUGGCCUUGGCUCCCUGGGGGGCGCCCCUCCGGGCCUGAUGGACUUCCCAAACUUGACCAAGAAACGGCCACUCUGCCGGGUAGGGAGCCUGCGACGACACCUCUGGGCGCGCGGGCACUUCAGGAGGGUCCGCAGCCGCCGCUGGGGUCAACGUCAAGCACGGCGCAGGCAGAACCCUUCCCACCGGGCCCACCUCUAGCUCGUCCAGCCCCUCCAGCUCCAACGCAGCUCAGCUCGCCUGGACCUGAGACCCGCCCGGCUUCGGCCCCGCGCUUGAGCGGGGCCACGGGAGGCAGAACGCAGCCGGGAGCCAGGUACCUGCGCGAGCGCCGCUGGCAUCUCUACGGGCAGCACACAGGUGUGGGCACGAUCACUGCACGGGUGUUGGAGGGCCAGCUGCCCAAGGGAAGUCCCUUGGAGAUGUCGCCACCUUGUCCCCAGGGCACCGGUGACCCCUGCUGUCACACCGCGGCUUCAAUAAAUUGGA